GGUUCUCCUUCUGUGGCACUAAACAGUUUCUGAUCUCUAUUGUCAUCGUCUUGUACCUCAAUUAUUGGUGGUAGUCAACAAACAACAUUUCAAGGAGUAAAGUGGUAAACUUGUGUCGCCUCAGGUGUCGAUAUGAAUAGCAGCAAAUAGACCUCACAGUCCAAAAGAAAAGAAGAGGAAGGAGUAAUCAAUAAAUAAUAGAAAUAUAGAAAAAAAAAAUAGAAUCUACAGAAGAAUAAAUAUUUUUAGAAUCACAAGCACAUAAGGCAGCCCAAGACACCGGAGUACAGUCAUGUGCUAGAUGAGAAGAGAAGAGAGUUACCGUAGUAACCGUUGUAGAUCCUAAAAGACAAGAAGUUUGUUAGCUAAUUCUCAUAAUGGCAAGUCCAUCAGUGGCCGACCAGAAUGCCACCUUUCAAAUUCGGCCCGACCUCAAGGAUAAGUUUCGCAGCAGUGUGGUUCGGGAUGCAAUUCACAACACUUUGGUGGAAAAGCUCACAGGGUUUGUAUACAAUGCGGAAGCUGCAGAGGUAAUGAGCAAAUCAUUGACUGAAAACCUCAGAGAUAAAAUUCUAGAUCUUGGCCUACCCCGCUACAAGUUUGUCGUGAAUGUCGUAAUUGGUGAACAGCGAGGUGAGGGGGUAAAGGUUGGUGCACGGUGUUUGUGGGAUGCCGACACUGACAACUAUGCUGCCGAUGUCUUUUUAGCUGAAAAUUUCUUCUGCUCUGCUUCAGUGUUUGCUGUCUACUUUUAUUGAAUCACAGACAACACUGUACAAUAUCUCCAUUAUGAAAAACACUGAGUCUGCAAGUAGUAUUACCCUUUGGUCAGUUGAUUUUAUAUGUGACUGGCUUCCUGCAAAUGACCAAAAAUGUUGUAUUAUUUUUGUCUGUAAUAGAGGAGACUGUAUGUAUACUCAAGUACAGUUUGAGUUUUUAUGAUAAAUGUUUUUAUGCAAACACUAGGGGGGCAAACCAUAUAGGGUACCCAUAGUAUUCUUUAAGGGUUAAAAUUCAUGCAUUACUGCAGGUCAAAUACGGUGAAUGAUAGUUACCCAGUACAUACUCUCAGUAGGCUUGCCUACCCUACCCUUAGAGUCUUUCUUUAUGUUACUAAAUUAAGAGCAGAACCUUAUUCACUAUAUAUGCUGCUUUAAAAAGCCUGAUACAAAUGAAGGUUUACAUUUAAUUUUCCAUUUGUUUGCAUGUUUACAUUGCUGGUGGCAUUGUUGCCAAGUUAGACUCGGCAGUCAUCACUGUAGCCACAUCUUCCUGGCUAUGCAAAUAAAUCACUGUUGGUGCACAUGAUCCAUGUACAUGCUGAUAACCACAUAGGAAACUUAAAAGCCUUUCUACCACUACUUAACAACUAAGCCGUCUCGAUCAAAUUCACUGUGGUAUUAGAAAGUGACUGCAAAUUACCAGUCCUAGACUGUCUGAUCCACAGAGUAGGUAACAUCUUUAAGUUCAGUAUUUAUAGGAAACCUACUAAUGUGUGUUUAUAUAUUCAUUAUUAUUCUGCCCACCAUAAUAGAGUCAAACAGCCAAUAUUCUCAUCAACGUUUUAUGUGCUCUACAAAUAUGUACUCCGGAAUUCAUUGAUGAGGAAUAUAAAUAUACUGUAUGUAUAA